CGGUGCGGGGCUCCGGCGGGGCCGAUGGCGUUCAGCGCCUGGCAGAUCCUCUCGCCGGUGCAGUGGGCUCGGUGGACCUGGUCGGCGGUGAGGGGCGGGGGUGGCCCCGAGGGGGAGGACGGGGGGACGGAGGAGGACCCGCCGACGGAUGGAGCGGCUCCGGGAUUCAGCUCGGACUCAGAAGGGAAUUUUGAGACCCCUGAAGCAGAAACCCCGACGUGCUCAGCCCUGAAGGAGCUCUGCGAGGCGCCGGGACCGCCGCCGCGGGGCAGCACCCAAGAGCCAAGUGGCCACGAUGACCCGCUGGUAGAAGCCCAGCUUCGCAGGGACAGCUCUGCUGGGAAGCGCCCCAGAGAUGAGGCUCAGCCAGAGACCCGAGCCCCUCAAGCCAGCGUGGACGCUGAAGGGGAAACCAACCAUGAAGCCUCAUCCCUGACACAAGCCCUGGCUGGGAGGCAGCCCCCAGCCGUGCUGGGAAGCGGGGCCAGCGCUGGCCACGCCGCUGUGGAGCCGGCCAUGGUGCCCCAGGACGCGCCGGGACAGGCUGCGGUGGCUGCUGGCGUGGGGCUGGCAGAGCUGGAGGCUGCUGCCCCGUCCCAGGAGAGCUCACCCAGCCAGGGCCAGCUGGGGAGAGGGAAAACACCUCCACUGGGGAGGAGAGCAGAGGAAAGCACAGAGGAGAGCCCAGUGCCCCAGGCAUCCUGCCACUUCCACCCCGAGCGGUGCGACGAGAGCACAGACGUCUCUGUGGUGGGGGGCUCUCCCCCAGCGUCCCCACGCCGCCCGCCCCAGCCCCUGGCCGAGCACAGAGAGCCCCCAGAACACAAAGGACAGCCCCCAAAAGCCCAGGCUGAUGUCACAGAGGGAGGAGAGAGCAGGAGAGCUUCACCCAGGAGGGGCAGCAGGAUCCCAGCCAGCAAGCUGACGCCGAAGAGACACCGAGAGUCCCCCAAGAAAUCGGCUGAGGAUGCAGAGAGGGGCCCCACCGAGCUGCUGCCCCCCAGGGGCUCCCCCAGGCUGGGCCCUGUGCCCUGGGACAGCCCCGCUGCCACCCCCUUCGCUGCCACUUCGGCGCUGCAGAACUCGCCUCCUCUCCCCGGGGCUCCCUCCCGCUUCGACCCCCAUCGCUUGGACUCGCUGGAUCCGUUUCAGCCCGGCAAGACCCUGGCUGGCAGCACCAGCCACUCCUGCCCCGCUGCAGACAACAGCCUCAACGAAAUCCUCGAGUCCCAGACGCUGGAGGCGCGGGAGGAGCUCGGCACAGGCUCCCCAAAGAAGCCCAAGUCGCGCCUGAUAACGAGCAGCUGCAAGGCGAAGCAAUACGAGGCACAGUCCCUGGCCCUGGAUGUUUGUGCUCAGGAUGAAGGAGCCUUGAUCUCAGAAAUCCCAGCGGUGGCAAAUCGGGAUGGACACGCCACUGAUGAGGAGAAGUUGGCCUCCACCUCCUCUGCUCAGAAACCAGCUGGGCUGGAGAAGAAAGCUGAGCCAGAAGAUGACCUGGAGUACUUUGAGUGCUCAAACGUUCCUGAGCCAGUGGUGAAGCACAGCACGGAGCCAGGUUCUCAAAAGGAGAUCUGCAAGCAGAUGGAAAAAGCUGAGCCUGGCAUCUUCCCUGGCAAUCCCAGGCUGUGCUCCUUGGACAAGUCUCCUGCAGCAGUCACCAGCCUGAGCAGGACUGAGAGUCCCCUGGAUGGCAUCUGCCUCAGUGAAUGUGAGAAGACAGCUGUGCUCACGCUCAUCAGAGAGGAGAUCAUCACAAAGGAGAUUGAAGCAAAUGAGUGGAAGAAGAAAUAUGAAGAGAGUCACCAGGAAGUGUUAGAGAUGAGGAAAAUCGUGGCUGAGUAUGAGAAGACCAUUGCCCAGAUGAUAGAGGACGAGCAGAGGACAAACAUGACGUCUCAGAAGAACCUGCAGCAGCUCACGGUGGAAAAGGACCAGGCUCUGGCAGACCUGAACUCGGUGGAAAGGUCCCUGUCAGACCUCUUCAGGAGAUAUGAAAACCUGAAGGGUGUCCUAGAAGGCUUUAAGAAGAACGAGGAGGCUCUGAAGAAGUGUGCUCAGGAUUAUCUGAGCCGGGUGAAACAGGAGGAGCAGCGCUACCAGGCCCUGAAAGUCCAUGCAGAAGAGAAAUUAGACAAGGCCAACGAGGAGAUCGCCGUGGUGCGGGCGAAGGCGAAGGCGGAGAGCGCGGCGCUGCACGCGGGGCUGCGCAAGGAGCAGAUGAAGGUGGAGUCCCUGGAGAGAGCCCUGCAGCAGAAGAACCAGGAGAUCGAGGAGCUGACCAAGAUCUGUGACGAGCUGAUUGCAAAGCUGGGAAAGACAGACUGAGCCUGGCUGCCCCUCCUCCAGCACUCUGCACUCUGCAGCUUUCCUCCCAACGUCAGCACUUUGCCUUAGCACCCAGGAACCCUCCCAGCAGAGAAGCACACGCAUCCAGCUGCCUGCUCCAGCUCCCCACACAGCCCCUGCACCCCAGGGGCUCAGGGACUGGGUUCCCCAUGGUCAGGCUGGGGGGUGUGUGUCCCUCCUGGGCUCCACAGCGAGUGGCCACCUCGCUGGCCAUCUGCACAGAUGCCACCUCUCAGCUGGGAGGUGCCACCCCGGGCUCUGUCCCUUCACUGUCCUCACGUUGCACAGGCCCAGCCCCACGGUCAGAUGUGGUGAUGCCAGGCUGGGACACCAUGGCCCUUGCACUGGGGAAGGGGAUCUGGCACCGGGUGCACAGCUGGGGAGGCAACCAAGGGGCUCAGAGUCCCCCUGGCACCCAUUACACAUGGCUUGGGGCCAGCAGUGUGGGUCCCCUGGCUGAAGCAGCCUCCCAGUAGAUGGAUGUGGUUUGGGGGGUCAAUGGGGCUGGUCCUGCUCUCUGGUGUGUGGGUGAAACACAGCACAGCAGCUCUUGGUCCCUGGCUGUGCCAGCCUUGGAGGAAGGAAGCUGACAUCUCUGUGUUGGUGCACUUUAUUAGCAUUUAUGAGCACUCAGGCUCUCUGCUCACUCCUUCCAGUAGCCCAGGGCAGCUGCACCAGUGGGAACUGAAGUCCUCUCCAGGGAGAGUCUGGCCAAGAGGAGAGCAGGAGGCUCCUGCACCAAGAGGUGCUUGAGAAGCAGGGGAGAUGCUGGCUCAGGAGAGCUGGGAUUGUCCAUCCCUCUGCCCACAAGCCUGGCAUCUCCUGAGGUUUCUUAGCCUGGGCUUUGUGGUCCUCUGUGCCUCUUGCUGCUGCUUCCCUGUGCCACAGUGAGCUUCCCCACUGGGGCUGUUGCAGAAGGAAGGAAGCAAACCUGGAACUGCUUCAGCAUUCUGCUGACUGGAGGUUCUUUUCCCCAGUCAGGGAGUGCAGUGCUGCCCUGGCUCCUGUGCUGCUGUCACAAAUGCCCUUCCAGCACUGAAUAUUAAGAGAAGCAAACAAAAGCCAGUCUCCACAGGCACAGGCAGACCCAGGCAGCAGGGAAACAGCACUUGGCUGCAGCCCAAGCUCUGGCUUCCCAUGCAGGCAGGCUGCCUGCUCUGUUCCUGAGCUGUUCACUUCUCUGGCCCAUGCCAAGCUCCAGCAGAAGUGCUGAGGUUGCCUUUGCCCUGUGCUGGCAGCUGGGGGAGGGCUCUGGGGUGAUGUGACGGGUUCAAAGCUGUGUGCAAGCUCCUGGUCACGCUGUUGCACUUGCCUGAGAGGUUUUGCCAUGAGCAGUAACCCUGGGCUGGGCUGGGGAUCCCCUUGGUAGUGGUAAAGCCUCAAAUAAGGGAAUCUUUGCUGUUGGGGCAGUUUCCCCCCAACCUCUCCAAAGCUUUCCCAACCCUUUCUGCUGCUGCCUUGUUUUGUAGAAGAACUGAGGUGGUUUCCUUCGAUGUUCUGACUCCCUGUGUUGAGCAUGCAGUGCAAACAGCCCUCUAAGGCAGAGCCAUACACUUGCUGUCUAUUUGAUUUGUUGUAUUAUGUACAGAGAGGAUUUCUUGUACAGGUUAAGCCGAGGUGCCAGCAGCCUGCCUGAGCACACACAGCCCAGUGCUCCCAGUGACCAGGCUGGUACCACUGGGAGCUGGAUGCUGAACCUUCACCCCUUUGCACAGCUGACAGAAAGGAAAAAGCUCUUUUUUCCCCUCCUCUUUACCUUUCCCCUUUGUCUUCCCCACACCUCCCUGGUAGCAAAACCCUCUGUCAGGUCACCUACAAAGGCUAUUUCUGCCUGAGGAGUCCAAAUGUCAGCCCCAGCCCCUCUGUCCCAUCAGCAUUUGGGGGUUUGCAGACCACAGCAUCACUCUCCUCCUCUUCUUUCCCCAUCUCCCACUCCAAAGCAGCGUUCCUGCCUGGAUGUGGUGACCCUUUGGUGGCUACACUUGCCUGGGCUUGGGUGGGGAACAAACCCUUUGGAGCUUCUGAGGGUGUGUGCAGGUAAGUGAAGCCCCUUGAGAGCCAGGGAUUUCUUGGGGAGUUGGCUUUUCCUCUUUCCAGCCCUUCAGCCAUUGAAGGGAGCAUGUCACCAGUGUUGCUUUUAGGGCUCCUGCAGAGUUGACUGGGGCCAGUCUCUGGGCUGGCACACGGGGUUUGCUGUUGUGCCCAGAGACCCCAGCAUGAGGCUGCUGGAGCCCAAGUGCAGGAGGUCACAGUCCCCCUGAGCCUUGUGCUUCAUCCUGAAGGGAUGAAAUGUGAGUUCUGUGUUUGCUGUGGCCAGCCAGGGUCAGGUUUGUUCAUGCAGGGGGGGUCAUGUUAAAGCUCCAGGCUCAGGGUGUUGGGCUUACUGGGAGCCUGCCCUGGGUGGGUUUGAGGCCAGUCUCUCUCUUUAGGAGCACUGAAGAUGUGGCAGGUAAUGGCAGCAGUUUGAGUCCUCAGCACUUCCCACAACCUCAGCCUGAGGUCAGAGCUGCAGCCUGUCCUCUGAGGGGAGGAGGAGAAGGCUGAAGGCCAGGCAGCCUGUGGGGAGCAGCUCCCACAGCAGUAACCCCCCUGGCAGCAUCCUCCCCAUCCCACCUCUGGCCCUACUUUGGCUGCUGCCUGGGCAAAGAAGAUUCCUAAGGAAUGAUUUAUUAACUAUAAUAUGGUUACAGUUCCCUCUCUGGAAAUCUCUCUAAUGGUGGAUGGUUGUGUGUGAUGGGUGGUGUGUGUGUGGAGCUGCACAGGGGCAGGGCUGGGGCAUCCCGUGUGCAGAGGCUCAGCCUCAGCACUGGCACUUGCCAGUCCAGGGCAGGAGGCAGAGCAGGUGCCCAGCAACUCCCUUGUGCCUCUUGCACUGCAACCCCAUCUCCUUCCUGCAGCAGGAUUGGAAUUCCCCUGUUUGACCCUCAGGGCUCGCUGCCCAUUGCUCCUCUGUGUGUGUGUGUGUGUGUGUGUGUCUCUGUGUGUGUGUGUGUGUGUGUGUGUGUGUGUGUGUGUGUGUGUGUGUGUGUGUGUGUCUCUGUGUGUGUGUGUGUGUGUGUGUGUGUGUGUCUCUGUGUGUGUGUGUGUGUGUGUCUGUGUGUGUGUGUGUGUGUGUGUGUGUGUGUGUGUGUGUGUGUCUCUGUGUGUGUGUGUGUGUGUGUCUCUGUGUGUGUGUGUGUGUGUGUGUGUGUGUGUGUGUCUGUGUGUGUGUGUGUGUGUGUGUCUCUGUGUGUGUGUGUGUGUGUCUGUGUGUCUGUGUGUGUGUGUGUCUCUGUGUGUGUGUGUGUGUGUGUCUGUGUGUGUGUGUGUCUCUGUGUGUGUGUGUGUGUGUCUCUGUGUGUGUGUGUGUGUGUCUGUGUGUGUGUGUGUGUGUGUGUCUCUGUGUGUGUGUGUGUGUGUGUGUGUGUGUGUGUCUGUGUGUGUGUGUGUGUGUCUGUGUGUGUGUGUGUGUGUGUGUGUGUCAGCACAUCCCUGCCCAUGAUGAAGUGCCAAGGAGUAGUCACCCUCUGCAAAGCCCUCCCAGCCCUCCCUCCAGUGUGCCCCUGCCAAGGCAGGAGCUGUCUCUGCAUUGACUACUACCCCCCUGCUUUGCCCUUGGGUUUGGAUGUACAAUCAUUUCCCUUUUCUAUGUCAGCUCCAGAUUUGUAAGAGUUCUCCUCACACAAAUGAGAUUAUUAUCAUGAGUACUAAUAUAUAUCUCUCUAUUUUUUUCCUCCCCAUGUUUCAUUGCCUGAAUAAAACCUGUGUUUCUGACUCCUGAAA